GCACUACCGUCGCUGCCCAUUCUCAUUGAUACGUCUCAAAUAUUCACACGAGUUUUUCUUACCCAGAUUUACUGGCGAGAAAGUUAUCAAAAUGGCUGCCUAGUAUUGGAGUGCAACCCCACCGUGCCAAAGCAUCUUGCUUUGCACCAAGUUUAUAAUCAUCAUGGCGUCCCACGUUUCUUCACUGCUUGCCCUGGCAAUUGCCACCGGAUUCCUCGCACCUACAGAAACCAUACAAUUUGUUCCUAAAUCAAUUUCUUCAGAAGACUCUUCAGAUGACAAAUAUGGAGUUAUUCGACAUGGAAACGCUUCGCUCCGAAUUUCUGGUGGGCGACCUUGCUGGGUCGUUCCCUCAGAGUUCGGGCGAUGACGAUAUAUAUGGGUUGGGAACUUUGUUCCCUGGUGACACCCUGAGCCCGGCCAAGGGUCUCCAGCCAACUUCUGGUCUUCUUGACGAGUUCCUCGCUCCAAGCCCAGAAGAUCCCCUUGGUGAGGAAUGGAUGGAGAAUUCAGCCUUCGAUCUGGAGCAUGCAUUUGGUCUGACGGACCUUGGGGAUGUACUUACUGCCGCUGCAGAACCAGUCAUCCCAGAAAGCCCAACAUCGUCAAAACCAAAAAACUCUGGUAUCUUGCACGAGUUGCUGGUUCAGCCAAUGUCACUUAUGGGUCCAGUUGUAGAACCUGAACAUCAAAUGAUCGAUAUUGACUUGCUAGAUUGUGUCACUGAAGUGAAAGACUGCGAUGUUGCAGAGGGCAUUUUGUCAUUACUGGAUCAAAAUGAAAGUGUGCAAGUACAGCACAUACAACCGGAGAUAAGUGUGGAUACAUCUUCGACUGUAGAUUCAAUAAUUGAACAAUUCAUCACAUCACCAUUAUCAGUUGAUGAGGUUGAAAACUUCUUGUCAAGUUCUGAACCGUCCAGUCCAGAACCAGCAAGUGUUGAACAAUCAAUAUGUGAUGAUCCAGACUACACACCUGGUUGCAGUGAUGAUGAAAUGAACCCUCCUACAUCCAAGUCUAGUAGCGGUAAGGCAAAGAAAGCAACCAAGUCGAGAAUUAGGGCAGAACCAUAUGAAAUUCCCACAGAAGGACUAUCUAAAAAAGAACGCAAGAAAAUUCAGAACAGAAAUGCUGCUAUUAGAUAUCGUGAGAAAAAGCGUGGUGAAAAACUUCACGUAAACACGGAUGAGCAAACACUAGUUGAAACCAACCAGAAACUCCAUGACAAAGUUGACAGCAUUUCUCGCGAAAUCAAGUACAUGAAAGACUUGAUGACUGAAGUGUUCAAGGCAAAGGGUCUCAAAAUUUCAUUUAAAUAGUUAUAAGGGAAGGGGGGUGGUUAUUUAUUUCAUCAUAUCAUAUUUGACUGGUCGGUCAAAUGUUUUCUUCAUUCAAUUUAUGUUGUGAAUAAAACAUUGAUUGAAUUUU